CGGCAGCGGGUUUCUAUUUCACUCCCUUUUAUUCCUGGGCAUAUUGUGUUCGAUAAAACCCUUUGCUUGUAACACGGCUGGCAGGGCUCCCAGCUGCUCCUCCUGACUGCCUUUCCUCCCCCCUCCGGACUCCCUUGCCUUCACUCUGCCCCCUCUUCUUCCCUACCUUGUCCCCUCAAACUCUAGGGGGAGGAGGUCAAGGCACCUCCCUUUGUUUCUGGCCCCUCUCCCACCCCAGUUCCUGUAGAGAUGUGCAGAGAUGCCCACCUUUUUCCUAGGAGAAAAGUCCAGGCAGGGUUGCCCGGCUACACCAGGAGGUCCCCCUCCCACUAAGACCGGAAGGAGGGCUGGAGCAGCCAGGCCCAGCCCCAUGUGGGACCCAAGGACACAGCCGCCCUGCUGAGAGCACGGCGGCUCGACCUUCAAGACCGUGACCUCGCGACGGUGGCCCUCGGCCCUCCACCUCCAACGGGGGCGGGGGCCGCCCACCUCCAAGUCUCCAGCCAUGACGACCUCUGCGCUUCGCCGCCAAGUGAAGAACAUCGUGCACAAUUACUCCGAGGCGGAGAUCAAAGUGCGCGAGGCUACUAGCAAUGACCCCUGGGGUCCACCCAGCUCCCUUAUGUCGGAGAUCGCCGACCUGACCUUCAAUACGGUGGCCUUCGCCGAGGUCAUGGGCAUGCUGUGGCGUCGGCUCAAUGACAGUGGCAAGAACUGGCGGCACGUGUACAAGGCGCUGACGCUGCUGGACUAUCUGCUCAAGACCGGCUCGGAGCGCGUGGCGCACCAGUGCCGUGAGAACCUCUACACCAUCCAGACGCUCAAGGACUUCCAGUACAUCGACCGCGAUGGCAAGGACCAGGGCGUCAACGUUCGCGAGAAGGUCAAGCAGGUGAUGGCCCUGCUCAAGGACGAGGAGCGCCUGCGGCAGGAACGAACUCAUGCCCUUAAGACCAAGGAGCGCAUGGCCCUGGAGGGCGCAGGCAUCGGCAGCGGGCAGCUGGGCUUCAGUCGCCGUGGUGAGCGGGGUUCUCCAUCCUCCUACACCUCUGCCUCCUCGUCCCCCCGCUAUGCCUCGGACCUGGAGCAAGCGCGGCCCCAGACGUCAGGAGAAGAGGAGCUGCAGUUGCAGCUAGCACUGGCCAUGAGCCGAGAAGAGGCUGAGAAGCCAGUACCCCCAGCCUCCCACAGGGAUGAGGACCUACAGCUGCAGCUGGCUCUGCGCCUGAGCCAGCAAGAGCACCAGAAGGAGGUGAGGUCCUGGCGGGGAGAUGACUCCCCCGUGGCCAAUGGUGUAGGGGCUGUGGUUCACCAUCGCCAUCGGGGGGACACAGAACCAGGAAGAGAAGAGAAAAAGGAGGAAGAGAAGCUGAAAACCAGUCAGUCCUCCAUCCUGGACUUGGCUGACAUCUUUGCACCUGCCACAGCCCCACCCUCCACACAUUGCUCUGCUGACCCAUGGGACAUCCCAGGUCUCAGGCCGAACACAGAACCCAGUGGCUCUUCCUGGGGACCUUCUGCAGACCCCUGGUCUCCAGUCCCCUCAGGAAACGCUCUGUCCCGAAGCCAGCCUUGGGACUUGCUUCCUACCCUCUCCUCCUCUGAGCCCUGGGGCAGGACCCCAGUGCUGCCUGCUGGACUCCCCACCACAGACCCCUGGGCACCAAAGUCUCCCCACCACAAACUCCCCAGCACUGGAGCUGACCCUUGGGGGGCCUCCAUGGAGUCUUCUGACACACCUGUUCUAGGUGGUACCUCGAACUUCGACCUAUUUGCCAAACCUCCAGAAUCCACAAAAACCAAGGAGGGUCUGGAGGGGCAGGCCUUGCCCUCAGGGAAGCCCAGCAGCCCUGUGGAGUUGGACCUGUUUGGAGACCCUAGUCCCACUUCCAAGCAAAAUAGCACGAAGGAGCCAGAUGCCUUUGACUUGGAUGUACUAGGAGAAGCACUAGCCCAGCCUGGACAGGAGACCCGUGCCUGCCGUACCCCAGAGUCUUUCCUGGGCCCCUCGGCCUCUUCCUUGGUCAACCUUGACUCAUUGGUCAAGGCGCCACAGGCUGCGAAGACCCGGAAUCCCUUUCUGACAGGACUCAGCGCUCCGUCCCCCACUAACCCGUUCGGUGAGCAGGGCAGGCCGACCCUGAACCAGAUGCGCACCGGGUCACCUGCGCUGGGCCUGCCGGUCGGCGGGCCUACCGGGGCGCCCCUGGGCUCCAUGACCUACAGUGCCUCCCUGCCCCUCCCGCUCAGCAGCGUGCCGGUCGGCAUGACCCUUCCCGCCUCGGUCAGCGCCUUCCCACAGGCUGGAGCCUUCGCCCCACCGCCCGCCAGCCUGCCGCAGCCGCUGCUGCCCACCUCCGCCUCGGCUGGGCCGCUGCACCCGGGCCCGCAGUCUGGCACCAACCCCUUCCUCUGAGCGACGCCCCAGCCUGAGCGCGAGGCCACGCCCCCUCGUGACCUUGGGCGGGGCGGCAGUGCUGGUCAAGCACCGAUCCCAGCCUCGCGGGGCAAGGCGGAAGGUGCACUCCUGAAGUUGGAGACCGAGGACGUUUUGGGGGGCGGAGGUGGCUAGACCACACCCCAACAAUAAAGACUGGAACCCA